AACUAGGUUUAGAAUGCUAGUUUAAGCUGAUAUGUGAUUGAUCUAACGGUAAAACAGCACGAGGGCUCGAGAACUUUGACAGGUUACAAUUUUACUUGGCAACAGAAUGUAUCUGAAUUCUGAUUGGUUGUUGUAUCUGAAUUCUGAUUGGUUGUUGUUAUAUUAUUGCCCUUUUGUUCUGUUCUUGAGCCCAGAGUGGGGGGAGGGGGGAGUGGCAGGGUUCUACAGAGAAAAGUUUUCACUGCAACCAAACAUGCUGUUUUCGUGACCACGCCCCCAGCGCGGAUAUUCAUGUUCACAUUGUUCAGUUUGUUUUUCUCUUUUAUUUUAGAUUUCUGUUAUCUGACUCUGGAUCCCAACACGGCACAUCGUCACCUCAUUCUGUCUGAGAAGAACAGAGCGGUGAGAGUCAGUGGGAGAGAGCAGCGUUACUCUGAUCAUCCAGAGAGAUUUGAUUCCUGGCCUCAGGUGUUGUGUAAGGAGAGUGUGUGUGGACGCUGUUACUGGGAGGUGGAGCGGAGCGGUGAUGGUGUUGUCUCCAUAUCAGUCUCAUAUAAAGACAUCAGCAGGAAAGGACGGGGUAAAGAGUGUGUGUUUGGAUGCAACAAUCAGUCCUGGAGAUUGCGGUGUUCUUCUUCUCUCUCUUUCCGGCACAACAGCAUUAAGACUGAUCUCAGAGUUCCAUCAGCCUCCAGAAUAGGAGUGUAUGUGGAUCACAGUGCAGGAACUCUGUCCUUCUACAGCGUCUCUGACACGAUGAAGCUCCUCCACAGAGUCCACACCACAUCCACUCAGACUCUAUACGCUGGGUUUGGGGUCCCCUGGACUUCUGUUUCUCCAGUGAGAUUGUGUGAUCCAGAAUAAAAGUGUGUAGUGUUUUCUGUAAAAUUCCUGCACGUUGCCACGUUGUUGCUCAGUCGUCUGUUUCACUAGAACACAAUCCAGCUGCACAAAAACACUCAUUUUAAUAUUUAAAUUAAAACAGAUGAAUAAUUUAAAAUAAUUAAAAAGGAAAUGUUAAAAAUUAACUGUCAGACAAGAAACUCGUCAAAUUUAAAAAGAAAAUGAUCUCAUGACCUUCGCAUUAUAAAGUUGUGUUUGUUUCAUAUUAAGCAGCGUCUCAUUAAAUAACUAAUAAACAGUAAUAAAGCCAGAACAGAACAACAUUUUAAACCUGUUCAGGUCACACUAUAUAAAAAUAAAACAUCACUUUUAGAAUGAAUUAGAUUUUUCUGCUUGUGUUCUAAGAUGUAAAAUCCACAUUCACUUUUUCAAAUCUGAAGUUGUUUCUAAACCCUGAGAUUUGAUUGUAAAACAUUGAACAAUAUUUAAACUCCAUUAGAACAUCCAGUACAUGAUCGGUUCAGGCUGCCGAUGUCGUGUUCAUCCCAUAUUCAGCCUGGAUGAUGAUUGGCCCGCAGAUAGAACCUUAUAAAUCCAGGUUUAUCUGUGAGUUUGGGAUUUUUAUUCAAAUAUUACAAUCAAAGCUUUGCAGAAUAAAAGAUAAGAGCACAGGAGAAUAAAGUUUCCCCCAGUGAUGGAGUUUCUGUGCUGAACUCAUUUUCAGACAGAAGCAAAUUCAACCUUUUCCUGAGAGUUUCAGCAGCUGGAUAAAUAUUGUUCAGUAUUUUAAACUGAAUUUCUUUCACUGUGGGUGAAAUUGGCCGUCUAAGAUAACUACAGUGUGUAUUUGUUAGCGUUCCUCCAUCGUCAGUUAUUCUUACUUUGCUAAUUUUUUUUUUUAAAUCAGGGAAUAGCUUCCAUUUUAAAACAUUUCUAAUUCCUUUGUUAUUAGAUUUUAUUUCACCAAUUUCCACUUCACCAAUUUUCAGUUCAGACAGU